AUGGAUCCGGGGGUGUGCGCUAUGGAACUCCUCGGGGUCUUCUUCUCUAUUGGUGCCUGGAUCUGCUCGUUGGCCACCACCAUCAUGUCCACCUGGCUGACCCUGUCCACCGACCUGCUGCCCGCGGAGAGCUACGAGCUGGGCCUGUGGGAGACAUGUGUGGUGCAGGACCUUGGAAUUCUCGAGUGCAGACCCUAUGACAGUCUCCUCGGCCUCCCUCCGGACAUCAAACUAGCCCGGAUCCUCAUGUGUGUAACAGUGGCCACAGGCCUCCUGGGUCUCCUGCUAGCCAUUCCUGGAAUCUACUGGAUCAACAGCUGCAACCAGGGGUCUGAGGGGUUGAGGGUGAAAAGAUUGAUGAAGAUGCUGGGGGGGAUAUUGUGCUUGGUCGCAGGGACACUGGGUCUCAUACCUGUGUCUUACAUCGCUCACCUGACGGUCAUGCGGUUCUUCGAUGAGGCCGUGCCGGCCAUUGUGCCGCGCUGGGAGUUUGGGGAUGCCCUGUUCUGUGGCUGGACGGCGGGGUUUCUACACCUGGUGGCUGGCUCUCUGCUGGUCACCUCCUGCGUGUGCCUUCAAGAGGAGCCCUGCAUCUUACAAAUGCCUAUACCGCUACAGAGAAGACAUACACACGUACACACUACCAAUACCCCACAUAGGAAGAGGUCCAUGGAAUAUGUUUGA